UUGGCUAAACAAAUGUUAGAGGCAUUCUGCAUUGCCUGCAUGCAAAACCUGUUUGGGAGGUCACGCAUAGUGAGACUAUAAAAAUGUCUUAGAAUGUAGUAGUUGGCUUGGAGAGAAGGACAGUAAAUUCAGUUCACCCGUUUCAUCCCCGGACACAUAGCACAUAUUAUAAUCAUGCAGCACUGGAUGGUCUGCAUAUUACUUUUAUUUAUUGUGUUCUGUGAUGUCUCUACUCAAAGGAAAAAAAAGACUGUCCAAACUCUCUCAAGAGGUUGGGGCGAUGACAUCACCUGGGUUCAGACUUAUGAAGAAGGACUGUCUCAAGCGGUCAAAAGUAAGAAGCCUCUGAUGAUCAUUCAUCAUUUGGAGAAUUGUCCGCACAGUAAAGCUCUGAAAAAGGCUUUUGCUGAACAUCAAACCAUUCAAAAGCUGGCCAAAUCAGAUUUCAUCAUGCUCAAUUUAGUGCACGAGACUUCUGAUGACAACUUGGCUCCUGAUGGCUUUUAUGUACCCAGGAUCUUGUUUGUUGAUCCCUCACUGACUGUGCGAGCUGACAUUGCUGGAAAAUACGCCAACCGAAAGUAUGCAUACGAGCCGAGCGACGUGAACAUCUUGGCAGACAACAUGAUGAAAGCCAAGAUCCUGCUCAAGAGCGAACACAAGAAACAUACUGAUCUGUGAUGGAUAGAUGACGCUUACCAUUUUUCAAUACUUGAACACAAUUCGGGUUUCUUUGUGCAACUAACAAUAUUCAGUUUUCAAUAAAGUCUGUUAGUUAUAUUAACA